AUGUCCAAAGGAAGGUACAUGGCUUACUCACCCUCUCACUCCGCCCCUCCGUCGCCUCAUAUCGCCGCCGCGGUCCUUGCGGAGCAGGAGAAGUACUUAACUGAAUUACUUGCUGAAAAGCAGAAACUUGGUCCAUUCACACCAAUUCUUCCGAUUAGUUAUCGGCUGCUGAAUCAGGAAAUAUUGCGUGUAACCACAAUGUUGGGGUCCUUGGGGAAUGCAUCAGUUUUAGAUCAAAUUGGGCUUGAACAUGCUAGCCCGUUGGCUUCAGGAGGAUUAUAUUCACAAGGAGGAGCUAAUGUGAACAGAUGGCCGUCUCCAUUUCAAUCUGAAAUAUCAGGGUUGAUGCAAACAUCCUCCGCACAAAGUUGGCUAGGUGGAUCUCAAGGUAGCUCAUCAGGUUUUGUGGUGAAGCGGUCAAUUCGGGUUGAUAUUCCCGUCGACCAAUACCCUAAUUUUAAUUUUGUCGGGCGCCUGCUUGGCCCCCGAGGGAACUCUCUUAAGCGAGUUGAAGCUAAUACUGAUUGUCGUGUUCUGAUUAGAGGACGGGGGAGCAUCAAGGAUCCUGCCAAGGAAGAGAUGAUGAGAGGCAGACCUGGAUAUGAACACCUGAAUGAACCUCUUCACAUCCUAGUCGAGGCAGAGAUGGCACCUGAACUGAUUGAUGCUCGGUUGAUGCAAGCGCGUCAAAUUCUUGAGGAUUUGCUAAAACCUGUGGAUGAAUCUCAGGAUUUCUACAAAAAGCAGCAGUUGAGAGAACUCGCAAUGAUUAAUGGCACGCUCCGCGACGAAAGUUCACAAAUGUCUCCAGCUCUGUCUUCAUCUGCGUCACCAUUAAAUAGUCUCGGGAUGAAAAGGGCCAAAACGAUGAGGGGUUGA